UGCAGAAGUUUCUGAUCCGCUCUGGUGCAGCACAGCGUGUGUUGUCACUUUCUCUCCACUCCAGCAUCCUGCUCUUCUGUGCCCGUCAGACUCGCUCUCAGCUCAAGUCAUGAACGCUGGAAUCUGUGUGUGUGUGCUGCUGGCGGCUCUCUACAGCAGCGGGAGCAUUGCUCUCCCUGCACACUCACUGGACGAGGGUCAGUUGGAUGGGGCUGUAGCUGAACACACGCGACACACCCGUGCAGUGCCCCCUAGUGGUCAGCUCAGUCUGCUCUCUAAAGCACAGGAAGAGGAGGUGCAGGAGGACCCUGCCCGCAGACUGAAUGAACUGCUGGCCAGACUCAUUUCCAGAAAAGGUUCAUAUCGCAGGAGCCCUUCCAGCAGGACCACAACUCACAGAAUAAAGGACAGAGAUUAUCUCGGCUGGAUGGACUUUGGCCGGCGGAGUGCAGAGGAGUACGAGUACUCUUCAUAAUAUACACUCAACCAAUCAUCUCCAAUCAAUCAACCAAUCAGCCAACUUAUGUGUACAGAGAGAGCCAUCUUAAUCAUUCUCCCUGCCAAAAAUCAAGAGCUCUGUCUCUAUCUUACUUAUGUAAAUUUGUUUGUAUAAUGAAGAUAAUGCAAUAUAUGAGUAUAUAUGUAACCCAUACAGAUUUUACAAAACACCCACAUUUUUUUUCAGAAAAGAAAAAAUGACUGGGAAUGUGGUCUAUUUUAUUUGUUUUGUCAAGUGUGUAUAUAUGAUUUUGUCCUCUCAUUCAAAAUAUGUCAGGUGUUUCAGAAUAAAUCAUUGCCUUAACUCAUUCACCCAGA